CCAGAGCUUGUACUGGUUUCCAUAGCAUAAGUGAUUGCUACUCUUCCUGGAUGUGAUGCUAGUCCACUGGCUAAUCACAGACAGUCUGAAAUGCUUUAAACAAAAUGACCAUAGUCACAUGAUAGGCAAAUGCUUGAGUCUUAGCUGACACUAGAUGCCUGGUACACUUACUGUAUAAAGUGUUCAAAGCACAUGAUUUAAUUCUAAUUGUUACCUUUCCUACCAAGCCUACCGUGGGGAUACGCCCCUUUUCUAACAGUCCUCUUUUUACUAACUGCACCUAUUCCAAUAAGAGGCCCCCCUGGAAAAGUGACAGUUCAGGAAAUGAUAUAGAUAGACCGAUUAGCUGGGAAAAUUAUAUCUAGUCUUACUGCUUUCCCAUCUGAACAUAACACUGAACAUGUUAGAAAAUUUGAAGUGUAACUAUGAGAACCAUGUUCCUGCUGUAGUUAGCACCCCUUCUACUGAGCUACAAAAAGUCAAUAAGCCCUUGGGUGGUCACUCACUGACAGCAUACCAACAUUUGUUGACUGGCAAAAUCAGUGUCCAUUCUCCUUCAUCAAAUGUAACCAAUGAAUGGGUUGAUCGUUGCUGAAGUCACAGUUUACAUAGUUUUUGCCUUAUUAGAACUAUAUGAUUUUGUGUGGAGGAGGCAUCCUGCUGGAUAUGAAGUGACUCCAAACUGUUCAAGAGCUUUUGAAACUUAAUAGCUGGUGAGAUUCUUAGCUUUUUAGGUUUGAUAUUGAAGGAGAUAUUAGCUUUCAAAAAAUGCAAGAUCUCUGGGUGUCAAAAGUGCUAAUGAGCCCUUACAUUCUUUGUAAAUGUUUGAGUUUUCAAACCCACUUCACAUCACAUCACGAGUUGCAUCCAUUGGUCUCAAGUUCCUUAGGGCAGUCAAUAGUGCUAUGCAUCAAGGUCUCGCGAACCAUGAUUGUAUUGGAAAAAUAAGCAAGGCAAGUGCAGAGGAAAUUGUUCCAGAGUCUCUUCAUGUUGAUAUCACUGUUGUGCACUGGCUAUUUCAAGACUCACACGAUGACGUGAAAACCCGUAUUCUGAAUAUAUGUCAAGAUAUAAUAUUUCUUUCUUCUAGAGGGCAUAAGUUAACUCCUAAGCAUAUUGGAAUAGGCCUUACCGUUCACCAGGCAACUAGAUCAAAACAACUGGUACAGCUUUUACAUGCUGCCAGCCUUUCGGUUAAUUAUGACACUGUCCUCAGAAUGGACAAUACCAUUGUAAAUGAUGUCCUUGAAAGGUACAAGGAAAGCGGUAAGGUGUUUGUUCCUCGUAACUUCACUGGAACCACAAAACCUGCAGGCUACACUCACUUUCCUGUAGAUAACAUAGACAUAAAUGAAGAGACACUCAGUGGCAUGGGCACAUUCCAUGCGACGCAGGUUGCCGCCUUUCGUCGCAAAGAGGAAGGAGAACCAGCCAUGGAUAUCGAGCUGUCUCCUAUGUCAGACAGGCGGCUGGAUCUAUAAGUGCCAUUGGAACUUCAUGAGCUAACCGAUUUGUCAUUGGACAACAAGAAACCAGAACCUGAAAUACAGAAGACAGUAGUUUCUGAGUGGUACACACCUGACAGCAGUCUAAUUGAUGAGUCUCACAAGAAGGACCUAGCUUGGAUCCUUGGUCGUUUGCAUGAGCAACAACCUGAACUCCAGUCAAUCCCAGGGUUGACUGGUUUCAACCAGCUUUUGGCGACUGAAAAACCACAAGUCACAGUGGUGGGUCCACUUCCCAUUGUGAAUACUCCAACACAUGAAUUUGAGACUCGUUGGACGGUGAUCUUAAGGUGCAAGGCAAUGACGCACCUGAGAAAUGGCAAGUUCACUGUUAUUACCAUGGAUGAGGGCCUAUACAACAAAGCAAAGAUGUUGCAAUGGGGAAAGAUGCAAGUGCUUAAGGAUGUCAUCAUUGUGCUUGAAGGUUUUCACACGUAGAUGACAUCGGGAAGUAGCCAAAGUUAAUGACGCGAGAAGAAGUGUCAGUGGCAUGUUUACAGUUACUAAGCAUACUGUGGGUGCUCCUGAGAAGGCGGAUGCUGUGUAAACCGACGCUGCACUUGGAUUCGACUAUCUCUUUGCUGUUCCAAGGCAUGUAAAUGUGGCGACAGGUGCAGAAACAACAGCAACACUGUAGCAGAGGUAAAUGAAGCAUGACCUAUGACUUUGAUAAGGUGGAAGUCACAUGGUGGUCUUCUGUAAUAUAAGAUACUUUGCUUAUGGUUUAUAAGCUUGUAUUUCUGGCUUAAACCGUGCGUCCAAGUAGAAGAAAGUUCAGUCUUUUUACAUGAAAAAUCCUAACUCAUGGGAAAUGUUACAUAGGUUGGAAACGCUAUAGAAUGACUGAAAAUGGAAUGAUUUCAUUACAUCAUGUGACCCAUCAAAGCUGAUCACCUAUUGCAUUUUUGUGUUUUUAUUGUUGGAUGUGCAAAUCAAAAUGAAAAACGCCAGUACGUUGAAAACCAUAUUAAAGGAAAUUGUGAAUAGAGCGUCUUUUAUGCUUUAAAAUCGAUUUUAUUGGAAAGUCACGCUACUCUUCAUAACUGAUCACGUGAUGCAUUUUAUCUCCUACACUACUGUCUAUCAAACUCAAAUCGUCAAGUAGCAAAGAUUCAGCUAUUUCCCCAUCGUAUUGUACACUUUUUAUUGGGUUUACAUAAAUGUUACAGUUCAGCCUCGCUUUCAUGCUGCAGGAGCGAGGACCUAGACAAAAAAUAUCAAAUAUCAUAACAUUUGGAGUGGGCAACAGCACAAUUCUUAAUCAGGAUGGCAAGACGAAGAUUUUAAGCUAUGUUGCCUGCUUCUACUCAAAAUGUUUAGUGAAAAUCGUUUUUUGGCGAGCUGCCUCCUGACUACACUGCUAGAUGAUAUUUAUAUUUUAGAAACUGAAUCGCUCAUGCUAAUGGCAAAUAUUGUAAACAUGCAAAGACUUCCGUUUAGCUACAGUACACCACUGAAUAAGUCAAAGCAUGCAAAUUAAUGCAAUUACAUGAAUUAUACCAUCGUAAACAGGAAGAAAUUUUAACACAAACUUUAAAAUUUUAUAAAUUUUAUACCGUCGGA